GAAGUUCACAUUGGUGAAUUAGCUUAAUCUCACAUCUGAACGAAUGAGAAACAUUCAACCUAUAUUUCAAGUAAAAAUCUGCCACAACCUCCAUCAAGUUUCCAGGUCAAAUGAUGUAGCCUAUAGCCUUUUCAACAUGGGAAAGACCAGGUAAUACAGUUAUGCAACAGAGAAUGCAUAAGGCAAAAGUGUGCUGAUUGGGGAAUGGAUUAAAGCCACAGUAUACACUUCACAAUCUUAUGAGGUAUGUUUUUAUCAGCAGCUAGUACUGUCUUUUAUUUUAGUUCUGAAUAUGGUCAUCAUUUGAAGGCUAUAAUAUAGUUAUGUGGUUUGGGAUCGGAACACCCCUGUGGAAAUGUAAGAAAAGGCUUCAUGGCAUGUUUCCUACAUACGCCAGCAUGUUGGCAUGCAUUUUUCAAUGCCCACUGGGAUGUUAAUUGAGUCAGUGUUUGUAUUUGACAAGCUUGCUAGACCAAAACCUUUAGAUCUGCAAGUCGAAAGAGGUGGUGUAAGCACUGCAAUUCUAAAUAAAAGGAGUGUUCCAUUUUGAGCUAAGCUCAGGCAUUGUAUUGUCGGUUGCACCGACCACUUUUUUGCAGACCGCUUUUACACAAGAACAAAGCUCCUAAGAUUUGCUAACCAAGCAUAACACCCAUUUCCUAAAAUCAUACUUGCAAUCAUAACAGAAUAUAGGCUAGUAGUAUAAUAUAAUAUAUAACAUAUACUAUAAUAUGUAAUAGUGUAAUAUAAUAUGGUGAAGAAGACACUGCAGUCACCUAACUGUUUUGGAUACAACAUGUACAAUGCAUACUCUGCAGUUUUUUUUUUUUUUUUUUUUUUUUUUUAUUUCCUGUCACGAUUCCCUACUAUAAGACAGAACAUUGGAGAGCAGCUCCUCUGGUCCAGUUAAUACAAGUCACAGGAGAAUGCCCAUGGAUUCUUUAAGAAGUGUAAAUUCUACACAAUCGGAUCACGUCAAUUCAGAAAAUAAGGAUGCAGAGGAGGAUGUAGCUAUCCACAGGUAUGCAAGUAGGCCUACUUCUACUUGGCCUAAGAUAAGAAUGGAAAUUACUGGGAUCCGUUUGACUGGUAAUCAAACUUAUACUUUACUCUUUCUCAUAUACAGACAUACAGUACACGUCUAUCUUUUGUAUAGAGGGAAAAAACAGCAAAAAACAUUCUUUUCUACACAGGACAUGUCUGGUACAGAGUGGUCACGGGAACUCUAGGGAUGUUGUGUGUUCUCUUGCUGACUGUAGUUAUAAUCCUCUCAGUGGAGAGAUUGCAUUUAAAUUCCACCUGCAGUAACUGUACCUCAGAGAGAGACCUGUUGCAGACUAAUCUCAAGACUUUGCAGAAGGAGAACACUAAAGUGAAAAGCCGGCUCUCUGAUCUUGUGAGACAUCUGCAGGACGGAUGGAUCUUUUUUGCAUCUAGUUUAUACUAUUUAUCUACUGAGAGGAGGUCAUGGGAUGAGGCCAGAAAGGACUGCAUAUACAGGGGUCCAACCUUGGUGAUCAUAAACAACAGAGAUGAACAGGAAUUUCUGACCAAAAUACAAAAUGACUACUGGAUCGGGCUAAUGGAAAAGGAUGGAGUGUGGAAAUGGGUAGACGGCAAGGCCCUCACUGAUGGGUUUUGGGAUAAAGGUCAGCCAAAUAACUACGUUGGAGAGGAGGACUGUGCUGAGAUCAGAUCUAGAUCAGAUUUCCACAACUGGAAUGAUGAUGUGUGCUCUAAGUCACAACGUUGGUUGUGUGAGAAAAAAAGACUGUAGGCUUCCACAGGGCGACCCUUCCACAUGAUCAUUCUUAAACAGCUUCAGCUAGUGAUUUGGCAAAGCUUUCUGCAUGAAUCAGAUAUGCUUGGUAUAUCCAUUACUCCCAGAAAGACUCGGAGAGAGAAUGAGAAUCAAAGAUUUUAAUUCACAAAGAAAUUAACUAAGUAUUGGAGUGUAACAUUUAAUAUAAUUAACAAUCUAAGGCGUAGGCCCCAAUAUAUAAAGACUUAACAAUAUUAGUGAGGCAUAAGUUCCAAUAUAGAAUUUGAACUUGAGUGCUAAAGCAUUUCUCAUCUAUCAUUGUGAAAGUGUAGCACAAUGUGUUUUAGAUGCUUCUGUAAUAAAGUUUUAUUCAGCAAACAAACAUGCUUGAGUUUCGAAUAAAGCAGUUCAUGGUCUCUACCGAUAACCUCUGAACUCUGAAUAAAGUCUGAUUUUGUUGUCAUAUUA